AUGGCGCCUCCACUUCUCGCCGCAAUUGACCUGCUCGACUACACACAGCCCACCCACGGCCUCAACCCUCUGCAAUUGUCCUACAUCGGCAACGUCUUUGCCCGCGUCACCCCCGAGACCAUCGAUCAGGCCCUCUCCCACCUCCAGCAGUCUGUCGGUCGCUACACAAAUUACCUCGGCGUCGCCUCGCUCGAGUCCAUCGACGACGUUAUCUCGCUGCUCGACGCCGGCGCCGCAAAGGUCUUUGUGACGCGCCCGCAGCUUUCCCGACUCCUCGAGAAGAACAUAGACCAGGAUCGGAUAGUCUUGUGUCUGCCUGGAAGUACCCGGGAAGAGAACAUCGAAGCGAUUUCGGGGACCCAAGUCGACGUUUACUCUCACCAAAUCGGGGACCUUGACCUGGUAGAGGCGUGGCUGAAGGAGCAUGGGACGGAAAGACCAGAGGUGUUCGUAUCCUUUGCGAACCCGACAUUGGAUGAUGCGGUGAAGAUUGCCAAGCUGGGUGGUGUACCUGUCAUACCCGCGCAGGCGCUCAAGGUAGAUGCGGAGCCAGGACCGGGCCUACUGAGCGUCGCGAAGUUGCUCAUGGCAAACGCGGUUAGUGACCGACCGGAUGGACUAUUCACUACGCUGGUGACGGACGAGCGGGGAAUUGCGCUCGGACUGGUGUAUAGCAGUGAGGAGAGCGUGGCGAAGAGUCUGGAAACAGGAAGGGGUGUGUAUCAGAGCCGGAAGAGGGGCCUGUGGUAUAAGGGAGAGUCGAGUGGUGAUAUCCAAGAGUUGGUUUCCAUAUCGUUUGACUGCGACAGCGACUGCUUGCAGUUUGUUGUGAGGCAAAAAGGCAGAGGUUUCUGCCACCUCGCAACGCCAACCUGCUUCGGCCAGUAUCGUGGCCUUUCAAAGCUCCAAAAAACCCUCCAGAGCCGCAAGGAAUCUGCACCGGCAGGCUCGUAUACCGCACGAUUAUUCAACGACUCCCAACUCUUGCGAGCGAAGAUUCUCGAGGAGGCUACCGAGCUGUGCGAUGCGAACACGAAGCAAGAGAUUGCCUUCGAAGCAGCCGACCUGCUAUACUUCGCCUUGACUAAGUGUGUCUCAGCCGGCGUAUCAUUAGAGGACGUUGAGCGGAAUCUUGACGCAAAGAGCAUCAAGGUCAAGAGAAGGCAAGGCGAUGCUAAACCUGCAUUUGCCGCGCAAGCAGCAGCAGCAGCAACAGCAGCGACCAAUGGGGGAUCCAAUGGAACCGCGACGAAAGAGGAAAUCAAGGAGGCAGCUUCGAUACCAAAGAGUAAAGAUGACCCAGCAGGUCUGAAAAACGGCCGGAUAGCCAUGAAGCGGAUGGUCACGUCACAAGAAAUGCCACAAAAGAUACAAGCAGCUCUCCAGCGCCCGUCACAGAGAUCCAGCGAAAAGAUCAUCGGCAUUUGCAACCCCAUAAUAGAGGCUGUCAAGACGCGAGGUGAUGCCGCAGUGUUGGAAUACACACACAAAUUCGAAAAAGCAACGUCACUCACAUCACCUGUGUUGAAGGCACCAUUCCCGGAACACCUCAUGCAACUCGCGCCUGAAACCGCAAAGGCCAUCGAUAUCUCCUUCGAGAACAUCCGGAAGUUCCACGCCGCGCAAAAGGAGGAGAAGCCUUUGGUUGUCGAAACGAUGCCCGGUGUGGUCUGCUCACGCUUCUCACGUCCCAUCGAGCGUGUCGGUCUCUAUGUUCCCGGCGGCACCGCAGUCCUACCCUCAUCUGCGCUCAUGCUCGGUGUCCCUGCUUUGGUCGCUGGCUGCAAGAAGAUUGUCCUCGCAACACCACCGCGUUCGGACGGAUCCGUAACCCCCGAGAUUGUCUACGCUGCGCAUAAAGUCGGCGCCGAAGCCAUCGUCCUGGCAGGCGGCGCACAAGCUGUAGCAGCAAUGGCCUACGGUACCGAGAGCGUUUCCAAGGUCGACAAGAUCUUGGGACCUGGCAACCAGUUCGUUACUGCCGCGAAGAUGAUCGUUUCGAACGAUACCAAUGCCGGUGUAAGCAUUGACAUGCCCGCCGGUCCCAGCGAAGUCCUCGUGGUCGCAGAUUCCUCCGCAAACCCCAAGUUUGUUGCCUCAGACCUGCUCAGUCAAGCCGAGCACGGUGUCGACUCGCAGGUCAUUUGCAUUGCUGUGGGUCUCAGCGAACAGCAACUCGCCGCUAUCGAGGACGAACUCGACGAGCAGGCCAAUGCGCUCCCGCGCGUGGACAUUGUGAGAGGCGCGAUUGAGCACAGUCUCACCCUAGUAGUAGAAAACAUCCAGGAGGCAAUGGAGUUGAGCAACCAGUACGCACCCGAGCAUCUCAUCCUGCAAGUCCAGGAUGCGGAGAAGGUUGUGGAUCUUGUCGAGAACGCUGGAUCCGUGUUCAUCGGGCAGUGGACACCCGAAUCUGUUGGUGACUACUCGGCGGGCGUGAAUCACUCACUGCCAACAUUCGGCUACGCAAAGCAAUACUCAGGAGUCAACCUCGGCUCCUACAUCAAGCACAUUACCAGCGCCAAUCUCACCUACGAAGGGCUGCAGAACGUCGGCACUGCAGUAAUGGAGCUCGCGCGCGUCGAACAGCUAGAGGCGCACCGACGGGCCGUGAGUCUGCGGCUAGGCGUUGCAUAG